AUGAGAGACGAACGCUCCAGUCCAUCUCGCGUGCGCAUCGCAGUAAUUGGUAGCUCCAGAGUUGGUAAAUCUGCACUCAUAGUGCGGUACUUAACACGAAGAUACAUAGGAGAAUAUCAUUCAAAUACAGACCUGCUCUACAGACAAACAGUGCCGAUUAAUGGAACUCCAAUAGAACUAGAAGUAAUAGAUGUCUCUGGAUCAAAUUUGGACAAAUUUCCCACAGAACAGAUUCAAUGGGCCGACGCGUGUCUCCUGGUAUAUUCCGUGACAGAUAGAACAAGUUUUGAAUAUGCCACCGAAGUAUUAAAUAUUUUGAAGAAACCACAGAAUAGCAGUCCAGCCCAUAACCCUGCCACAUCCGGGAUGCCCUUGGCGUUAUUAGGAAACAAGACGGACUUGGAUCAUUUAAGACAGGUACCAACAAAAGAUGGCCAGUCAGUCAGUGCAGCGCACGGAGCAUCCUUCAGCGAAGCAAGUGUCGCCGAUAAUACUGGCGACCUCUAUCGGUGUAUGGACAAACUGUUAGCUGAAGUGCGAACCCCGCAGCGCUCGAGAAAGUUCUCCGUCACAAAGAUGCUUGGCUCUUUAAUAGGCGGUCAAAAUAAUAACAACCAGACAACCCGUGGGUCAGUAGUAGCCUGCCCACGAGUUCCCACACCCACGCGGCCUGCCCUUGCAGCGGCUGCGCCUUGA